UUGGGCCUCCAAUUCUCAACGAAGAUCAUGCCAUCCACACUCACUUCCCCUCUCUCUCUCUCUCUCUCGUUCUCUUUAAUUAGGUGUGUGCGCGCUUCUGCCGAGGUGAGCGAGCUUCAACAACAUUCCAGUCUCCUGAUGAAUCUUCUUUAUUGGGUCUUCUUCCAUCUCUCUCGUUUUAGCUGCAAAAUUUGUCUAAAUAUCGCUUCAAUUAACCAACAAAUUGCGUAUAACCCAAGUGCGUUUUUGCCCAAUUUUCUCUGUUUUUCAUUGUUUCUAUAGCGGAAGCACGCGAGCGAUUUCAUAUUUUGUUUGUUUUUAGUGCCGGGACAGUUGAUCUUGAUUUUAUUAGGGUUUUUCUACUUGGCAAUCUUAAUCUAGAACCAAAAUAAUUUUCCCUUGAAGCAAACCCAAACCCAAACCCAAACCCAAACCCAUCUCGAAAACUGAAUUCCAUCCAUGGACACCCUGCUCAGCACCCACAACAGGCUCCCGCUCCCGCUCCGCGGCCUCGCGGAGCGGCAGAUGAGCCUUCCCCCUUCCUUGAGGCUCGAAACCCGCAGAAAACGCGGUCGAAAUUUGGAUACGAGAGUUUCUGCCAGGGCGAGCAGCGGCGCCCUUCUUGAGCUGGUUCCCGAGGUCAAGAAAGAGAAUCUGGACUUGGAUCUCCCGCUGUACGACCCUUCUUCGACGAAGCGCGUGGUCAUGGACCUCGCGGUCGUCGGCAGCGGCCCCGCAGGCCUCGCCGUCGCCCAGCAGGUCUCCAAGGCCGGCCUCUCCGUCUGCGCCAUCGACCCCUCCCCGAAGCUCAUCUGGCCCAACAACUACGGCGUUUGGGUCGACGAGUUCGAGGCCAUGGACCUCCUCGACUGCCUCGACGCCACCUGGCCCGGCGCCGUCGUCUGCAUCGACGACCGCAACAAGAAGCUCCUCGACCGGCCCUACGGCCGAGUGAAUCGGAAGCAGCUCAAGUCGAAGAUGAUGCAGAAAUGCGUCUCGCACGGCGUGAGGUUUCAUCAGGCCAAGGUCGUUAAAGUGAUUCAUGAGGAGAGUAAAUCGGUGCUGAUUUGUAACGACGGCGUUACGGUUGAGGCCGCCGUCGUCCUCGAUGCUACCGGCUUCUCGAGGUCCCUCGUUCAGUACGAUAAGCCGUACAAUCCCGGAUACCAGGUCGCGUACGGUAUCCUAGCCGAGGUAGAAGAGCACCCGUUCGAUCUGGAUAAGAUGCUCUUCAUGGAUUGGAGGGAUUCUCAUCUCGCUAGCGGCUCCGAGCUGAAACGGCGGAACGAGAGAAUCCCGACGUUCCUAUACGCCAUGCCGUUUUCUUCGACGAGAAUAUUUCUCGAAGAAACUUCGUUGGUUGCCCGCCCCGGAUUGGCUAUGGAGGAUAUACAGGAGAGAAUGGUGGCGAGGCUGAGACACUUGGGGAUCAAAGUGAAGAGCAUCGAAGAGGACGAGAGAUGCGUCAUUCCGAUGGGUGGGCCCCUCCCUCUGCUCCCACAAAGGGUUCUAGGGAUAGGAGGGACGGCCGGCAUGGUUCAUCCUUCCACCGGCUAUAUGGUGGCGCGGACUCUCGCGACCGCUCCGAUUGUGGCGAAUUCAAUAGUUCAAUACCUGGGUUCCGCCCGUAGCCUUACCGGUAACGAGCUUUCGGAGGCGGUUUGGAAGGAUCUUUGGCCGAUUGAGAGGAGGCGGCAGAGGGAGUUCUUCUGCUUCGGUAUGGACAUCUUGCUUAAACUUGAUUUGCAAGGCACGAGGCGGUUUUUUGAUGCCUUUUUUGAUUUAGAACCUUACUAUUGGCAUGGGUUUCUUUCAUCAAGAUUGUUUCUUCCCGAGCUUGUGAUUUUUGGGCUUGCUCUCUUCUCGCACGCUUCGAAUACUUCCAGGUUAGAAAUCAUGGCCAAGGGUACUGUACCUUUAGUUGGAAUGAUAAGUAACUUGCUUCGGGACAGGAGUUAGGUCUACUUGAAAACUUUGAUUAUAUUUUCACAGCAAACUUGUAUCUGUAAUCUACAUCUGCAUGUUAUCUUAAUAAUUUUGUAUGUUUACGUACUUUCAUUUGGGAUGGCAUCCUUUAAUGAGACGAGCAUGAUUGAUUUAGAGCA